UUAUAAGACACCCUUCCUCUGCUUCCGAAGUAGAUUAAGAUCGACCACAACGAUCACCAACGAUCCAACCCACGCUCAACCCACAGCUGAGAUCGACCACAAUGGCUUCCUUCGCCGGCGUCUCCACCCCCUUCUUCCCCAGUCUUCCUUCGAUUAGAAGAACUCGCAGAUCUCUUCCAUCGCCGAAAACCUUCAUCCCUGCGUCAAAGUUGCAGGCCGGAUAUCAACAAGCGUCUUCAAACAAGCGUCCGAGCUUCUUCAGACAUGGAAUCGGCUCCACCGCCACUUACUGGAAUCAAGCAAGAGUUGUGCCGACAUCGGUGCCGGUUCGGGUUGCCCACGAGCUGCUUCAGGCUGGACAUCACUAUCUCGAUGUUAGGACGGUGGAUGAAUUCAACGCUGGCCAUGCGACCGGAGCUAUCAACAUCCCUUACGUGCUAAAAGUUGGAUCAGGAAUGACGAAGAAUCCCAACUUCUUGGUUGAAGUUUCCUCGGUGUUCGGGAAGGAUGACGAGAUAAUUAUCGGAUGCCGUAGUGGGAAAAGAUCACUGAUGGCUGCAGCUGAACUUACCUCUGCUGGUUUUACCGGCAUCACGGACAUAGCAGGCGGCUACUCUGCGUGGGUUCAGAACAGGCUCCCCACCGAACGGUAGCACGAGGAGAUUUCAUUGUUCCAGACGCAUGGUUUGUUUGUCUUGGGCCUUUUAGUGAACAGAUGCUUCAGUGUAGCUUUGUCCUUGGAAGCUACCUUGAAACGUAAUAAGAUCCAUGUAGAUGAGUUCUCUGGCUGGAAUGCUUUAAUGUGAGCACCUGUGUCAGGAACAUCCUGUAUAAAUUUGUGCAUAGAAAAUACUUUCCAGAUGUUCCAUGCA